GAGUGAGGCGCCCCCUACUUCCUGUAACCAUCGAAACAUUUUCUAACUGUAUUUUGUGAACACUGUAUCAGUCUUGGAGUUCCAUAGAAUAUUUUAGGAAGGAAAAGGAAAGGAUACUACUUUGUCAUCAUCAUGUGUUUGCACUAGAGGCAAAACGUUAUAACACUGCAAUAUCCUUGUCACAGAUUAUCGGUGACUGGUCGAGUGAUUAUUCCAGCCACAAAUGAGGAAUGGGUCAAACAUUGUCAGAACCAGUUACCACAAAGGAGACAUCAAGCUGCCAGAACACUGCAGUGAAAGUGGGUGUCUCCUGCAUGCAGGGAUGGAGAAUAAAUAUGGAGGAUGCUCACUGUCAGUUGUUGUCACUACCUGGGGACAAAGAUGCCAUGUUCUUUGCUGUGUUUGAUGGACAUGGAGAGGACCAACAGACAAAUCCUAAAGAUGUGAAAAACACACGUGGAGCAAAAGUGGCACAGUAUGCUAGCAGUAAUCUGCACAAGAAAAUUAUUAUGCAACCAGCUUAUGCACAAAACCGUAUAGCAGAGGCCCUGAAGGGCGGAUUCCUCCAGAUAGAUCAUGAUAUGACUCAAGAUGAAACAAUGAAAGAUGAAUUGGCAGGGACUACAGCUAUUUCACUACUCAUCAAAAACAAACGACUUUAUUGUGCAAAUGUAGGAGAUUCUAGAGCCGUAGCUAGUGUACGAGGUAGGGCAGAUGUGUUGUCACAUGACCACAAACCAGGAAAUGAGGGUGAGACUAGAAGAAUCAUUGCAGCAGGUGGUUGGGUGGAAUUCAACAGAGUAAAUGGUAACCUAGCAUUAUCUAGAGCUCUAGGGGAUUUUGUUUUUAAGAAGAAUGACAAAAAGGGACCAGAUGAACAAAUUGUCACAGCUUACCCAGAUGUACAGGAGCGAGCAUUAACAAAUGAUUAUGAAUUUGUUGUUCUUGCAUGUGAUGGUAUUUGGGAUGUUUUAACCAAUCAGGAAGUCAUUGACUUUAUCAGAGCUAGAAUUGCUCAAAGAAUGGAACCAGAAAUUAUUUGUGAAGAACUGAUGACAAGGUGUUUAGCCCCAGACUGCCAGAUGGGUGGCCUGGGUUGUGACAACAUGACUGUCUGUCUUGUAUGUUUUCUACAUGACAGACCGUUUGAGGACUUAAUCCGCCGCUGCUCACAGCCCAGUCUAGGAGGACCUGUACCGCACCUCAGUAACUAUAACAUGGAUCUAAAAUAGUUGACCAGUGAUUAUUAGAAUUCUGUAUUCCUAGCUCCGUGAUACUGUCGGAAGGAUAUUGUUGUUUUUUUUGUAUAUACAGUGUGACCAUGAGUGACAUUGAUAUUUUGGAAUAUUCACACCAAAAAAAGAAGAAAGCAUUGAACUUGGUUUGAAGAUAUUAUUACAGUAUGAUUCAUGGAAUAAUUAAUCCAACAAUAGAAUAUAUGAAAUCCAGGAAGUCAUAAUAGUUUAAAGAGAAUGUUGUUUUUGUGUGUAAGAUUACUAGUACCAUGAUGUUUGCCCAAUGUUUUGGGGAAUGAUAAAAUGUUGUAAACAAAUCAUAUAUUUAGUGUAUAAUGCUCUAUGCAGUUGCAUAAUGGGUAUUUAGUGAAACAGAUAAUACUAGUCUCAAAUUAUUCAUUCACAGAAAAAAAAAAAAAAUUAGUUGUAUUAGAUUUUUACUGUAAUUUUCGACUAAUUAAACUUACAAACACUAAAAAACUGUGUGCAAUGGUGUCAGUCUGAAAAUCAUGAAAUAUUUCAAACAUUACUUUAACAUCGAUCUUUUGUUUCUGCAGCAUUGAUAUCUUUGUUAUUAUAAACUUUUUUUAAUUAUAAUAUUAUAAAGUAUGUACUGAUCUAUCUGGAACUGUCAUACACAGUUUAGUAUUUGUUGAUAUUCACUGUAUAAGUAUUUUAAUAUGCGAGUUUUAUUGUUGAUUGUUUUUGUUGUUAAGCCAUGGACAAAGUCUCAAUAAUACAUUGUGACUGUUAAAAUUUCUUGUUAACCUUUUUUGAAUAUGAACAUGAAUUAAAUAUACGAUAGAUUUUAUAUAGAUGUUACUUUUGUACAUAUACAAUAUGUAUUCUCAGUAUGAACAUAUUGUAUCUAGUUUUUUGUUUGUAAAUAGUUAAUACAAUAAUUUCAUUCUGAGGCAACAAAAUAUGUAAAUAUGAAUGGAUAUCUGUCUCAGUGUAAGAGAGUGAUGCAUUUUCAUGGAAUUUUUUGCACUUUAUAGUGAACUGCAAUACGAUUGAGGUGAUAUGAGGAAUGAAAACAGAAUUUGAAUACCUGAAAAAGUGUUUUAUAAGUAUGUUUUCUCUUUUAUUUUGAAAUUCAUGGUCUGCAUAAAAGUUGAAGAAUGACUUUAAAUAUGUAAACACUCAAAAAUUCUGAUUGCUUUGAAUUUUUAGAAACAAAAGUUUUGUAAAUGUGUUUUUUAUGCCCCCAGUGUGGAAUAUUCAGAAGGCAUAUAGUGUUCAAACUGUCUGUCUGUCAUUCCGUCUGUCAGUCUUUCCUGUUUACUCAACUUCUACCAUUUCCAUCCAACUAAAAUGAAACUUGCUAUAUAUCAACUAAAAUGACAUGUGUAUAUUUUUGGGACUUUCUUGUGAGAUUAUUUUUCUGCAUUAUGCCUUUUCUUUAACUUUACAAUAUUACAGUUUUUGUUUCAUGGGCAUGAAAUUUCAUGGAUUUUGUCAGAAUGGCUAUUUUUGGGAAUGUGUUUUUCAUGAAUUUUAACUUUUCAAGAUAAAAUGAGUGUGAGUUUCACUUUGAGUUGGGAGUUUAAAUUUUGAAUUGACAUAGCCCUGGAAUCUGUGAAAAAUAGUCCUCCACAGAUAUUAAUGAUUUCACAGUAUAUUUGUAUCUUGUGUCCUCAACUUCUACUACAAUUUCCUUUUCAUAUUCAAAUGAAAUUUGGUAUACAUCUUCAACAUCAAAUGGACAUAUGCAUAUUGCCUGUACUUUCAUGUUUUCUUAAGUUAUGCCCCUUAUACCAGGUUUUUCAAAGAGGAAAUCCUGGUCAUUAACUUGGCAGUGUUAUUAGGCGUAUAGGUAGCUUAAGGUAAGACCAUCAUUUCGAUUGCUAUUAAGGUCAGUAGGGUCAAGGUCACUGCUACUAAAAUAGAAAAAGUCAGUUUCUUCUCAGUAACUGGAAUGUUGUAUUGAAAUAUGACUUGGACUAUUGGUAGCUUACAAGAAAAUCCAAGGUUGGGAUUGCAUGUGGGGGUCAGUGGGGUUAAGUUCGAGGUCGGCAUAAUUUAAUUAAUAUGCAUUCCUCAAAAAAUUUCACCAGAGUGCAAUGGUCUAUUGUAUUUACUCUAUCAAGCAUUUAUAGGGGGCAUGUUAAGAUCAUUCUUGUUUUGUUUUUAUUUGUGUGUGGUGGGGAGGUAAGGGUAUUGCAGACCUUGUUACUAGCUUUGAAGUUGUGACAGAAGGACACCAAUCGUUUUGUGUGUUGUAUAACACUGACUAAGUGCAUUGCAUGUUGUGUUUGUACAGAAACACUCAGUUGUAGCACAUUUCUCACCUUUUGCACAGUACAACAUACUGUAGGUUGGGGAUAUUUCAAGAUUUGAUAGACAACAACCAAAAUAGUGAUGUUAAGCCUUUGUCACUGGUUAUUCUUUUGAAGAUAGUGUUACCUGACAUUAAGGACUUAAAUUCAUAAUCUGCCACUCUGUUCUUGAAUAUUAACUAAUCUGCAGUAUAUCAUUAUGUUUGAAAAUUCUAUUAAAAAAAUAAUGAUCUCAGAGAUUUUUGUGAGUUAUUGUUUGGUAUGAUAAUUGCGUGUGAAGUGUAUGAAAUCCUCUACAUCAUAUUCCAUUACAGUGUGCACCAGGAAAUCCUUUGUCAUGUAGAAUGUAGUAUCUUACAAGUGUUGUUGGAAAUCCUCUUAAAUAGUGAUAACUAGAAGUGUUAGAUUUAUUGUUAACAAACUGAAUAUGUUAUGAUGUUAUGUAGAUAUUGUAUACUGUAUAUAGUUGUAUCUAUCCUCUCAUCUAUGGUUGAUUGCUAAUGUUUUUCUUACAAGUGUUUAGUUAAGCAUUUUUUAUUUAAUCAAAUACUGUUUCAAAGAAUUUUCUUCUGCUUUGUGUCCAAAAAUAAUCAACUUGUGGUGAUUGUAUAAGCCUGUAGAAGGUCAGUGUGAACAAGUCAUUUCUUCAUAUGUGUAGAUUAGCCUCUAAGAUGCUGUUAAACUCCAUUUUAACACAUGGUAGACACACGUUACCAUACUGUAAACUUGGAAAGUGUUUUUAUGUCCCCAGGCAUAUAGAGAGUGAACUGUCUGUUUGUCCAUCUGUACGAACUAGAUUGCCUACAACACACAUUAAUGACCCGAUUUAGUUCAUACUCACAAUCAAUAACCCUUGUGGCAAGACCCUAUAAAUAAACAAAAUUUGUAGUCCUGUUUGGCGCCAUAUAACCUAUACUGUGUUGGUGCGCCGUAAAACCCAAAUAAAUAAAUAAAUAAAUAAAGAACUAUAAAUAAAUGUCCUUUACCCUGAUAUGACCUUUACCUUCAAGCUUAAAACCUGGAUAAACUACAUUUUUGGUCUUACAGCCUACAUUAAUGAACUAAUUUAGUUCAUACUCACACUCAACAAACCUUGUGGCAAGACCUACAAACUGACCUAUACAUAAAUGACCUUGACCCUCAUAUGACCUUCACCUUCAAACUUAAAACCUUAAUAAACAACAUUGUUGGUCCUACUGCCCGCAUGAAUUACCCAAUUAGUUCAUACUCACAUUCAACAAACUUUUUGGCAAGACCUACAAACUUACCUAUGUAUAGAUGAUCUUGACCUUCAUAUGAUCUUCACCUUUAAACUUAAAACCUAAAAAAACCACAUCUUUGGUCAUACACCUGGGGCAUGAGGUGUUUUGAAAACACAACUUCUGGUUUUUAUUAUUAAAUAGACUUUAUUUGUUAUUGAGAGAAAAUGUAAAGAUGCUCUGGGGAAUUCAUGUAAAUGUCAUGAAUACAUGUCUCAACAUCACUGUAAAGAACAAUGAUCAUGCUUUUUCUUUGGCACACAGUUUAAGUCGACAUAAUUUUAUGAAAAUGUGUGAUAUAUUUUUGUAUAGAGCCAUUGGGAAUUAGCUGAGCAGUAAGAAAAGUAAUAUUAAUGGAAAGUUGCUUGACUAAACACUCGGUUGAAAAGCACACCUUAUCCACCAACAGCGCAAACUUCUCCAAUUUUAGGGUAAACUCUUGUAUCUAUUGCCCCAGGCUUCAAUUUGUCAGACAUAUAUAUUUGUAUAUAAUCUAUGUAUAUUUUUAAUGAUAAUUUAUAUUGAAACGUAAUUUUAUUUUUAUUUGAGAAAAUCUAGAAAAAUGCAAUCUAUAUUAAGUUCAGGUAUUUCAAAUGGAAGGUACCUGUGAAGAAACUGUUGACUAAUGCAGGAUAUUUCAUUGUAAUGGAAGUAAAUUAAGCACAGGUUAAUAUAAGUUAGAUAUAAUAACGAUUGAAUUGUGUUCUAGAAGGAGCAUCCUUGUUUUUCAUCUAGUUGUUUUUCCACUCAAGUUAAAAUUUAUAUUUAAGCUAAGCUCAAACACUCAUGAAAGAUUAAACCACUGUUUAAGAGCUUUCAUAAAAUAGGGUUUGAAAUAUUUAAAUUAAGACGCUCCAAACAGAUCUUUUUUUUUUAAAGUUUAUCCUGCAUUUUUGUUGUGUUACCUCAGUGGAAAACAGUUUGAGACUGAAUCUGUUACAAUACCUUGAUUUUCCAAGACUGUUAACUUCUCAUAAAAUACAUUUUUAGCUCGCCUGUUCGAAGAAUAGGUAGAACUAUUGCACUCACCCAUUCGUUCACGUAAGCAUCCUAAUUUUGUCAAGCUUUUGUUUGUAAACUUUUACCUCAUUAACUAUAUGUGGGAAUGGAUUGAAACUUCACACACUCACUGUGAUGAACUGACUUUUCAUAACUAUUUUGCUUUCUUACAAAGUUAUGUCCCUCGACUUAGCAAUUUUGGUUAAUUUUUUUAAACCUAAGCUGGUAUCUCAGUAUUCACUUAUUGGAAUGGAUUGAAACUCCACACACUUGUUCACUGUGAUGAUCUGGCUUGCAUUGUAUAGGUUUCAUAACUUUGUUUUGCAUUUUACAAACGUAUGCCCCAUUUUCAGCUUUUAUAUUCAUUCAUUUACCUUUUUUAGUGACAAGGCUUUUGAAUAGUUGGACAUUGCUGUCCUCCAACAGCUAUUGUUUGUGUGUGCCAUCAUACAUCCUCAGCUGCUGUUUCCCCGCAUUGCUCGCUCGUCCCCUUACUGUCUGCUCAUGGGCACUUUAACUUCAUUGUAAGUUAAAUGCUAAUACACUGUAAUAAAUUUAAACUGAUAAGUGUGUUAUAUUUAUUUGUAGGUUAGGUUUAUUUAUAGAUUUUGGUUGCUCACGUGUCUCCGGUGUGGUGUGUAAUGCACAUUUAUAGAUUCCAUGUUUACAUUUAAUCUUUCCUUGUAUGCUUGAUAUCCCGUCCUUUGUUUACAGGUUCCAAAAAUAUGGAAGAAAAAACGAGUAUUUAAAUAUAAAGCAUUGGAUUUAUACCUUAAAAAUCAGUAUUAAGAACAAAUGCAAAAACUGAAGUAGCCAGUUACACGAUAGGUUAAUAAAAAUUGUAAACUAGACUUUAUUUAUAUCAGCAUAGACCAAAUAUGUAGGAAUUGAGAUUUAGCCUAUGUCCUGUAUGGUGUUAAAUUAUCUUGUUAGAAAUCAUGUAUUCCUCUAGCUCUGUUUAAAGCUUUGUAUACCUAUCACAUGCUUUAAUUUGAUGUUUAUGAAAUCAAAAUUGCUUUAAUGAUUACUUCUCUCUUUUUUCCUUUUACUCUGAAAAAGCACUGUACAGUAGAGUGUACAAGUUUACAAUCAGUACAUUUCAAAUUAUGCUUGUGCUCCUGAUAAGACCAUAUAACAGUGAAACUUUUGAUAUGAUUUAAUUACACUGUUUUACAUGAAACAAUUUGAAGAGGAUAUAAGGAGAUUCCAUAAAUUGGGUUACAUCCAAAUCAUUGAGGAGGAUGUGUUUCUUGCAUUGUUUGACCAGUAUUGUAACCUUGACUACAAUAUACAUGUAUAAAGCUCUACUGUACAUAGCAGAAGUAUAAAGGACUAGAGGGACUGUAAUGUCAGUAUUAGUGAUAGCAAAAAAAUAGUCAGCAAUAGCACAGUUAAUAUUAUUGUUUUGAAUAUUGUUGUUGAUAUAAUAUUUUGUUGCAUAGCAACACAUUUUGAGUGCUCAUUUUUUGUCUAAUUAAUCCUUUUUACUUUCUUUCGAAAUAAUCAUUUCUUGUAUGUAUAUAUUUAAACCUCAGUUUGGCAGCAAUCAAAUACUUUUCUAGAAUGUUUGUUUCUUUCUCAGAAUUAAGUGGUAUAUCUUAAAGAAUAUAUUUAAAUGUUUUUAUUUUGCUCGACACAUAAGAAUUGUCAAUAUUUGGUUAAAAUUUUAACAUUUUUACACAUAAGUUAUAUUUUGAGUCACAUCUGGAUUUUUUGCAAUUCGAGGUCAUGAAUCAGUAUGGUAGCUCGAAUGCUUGCCUAUAGUUACAAGUGUAUAUGCAGACAGUUCAUUACAAUGUUUUUUAAACUAUCAGAAAAAACUUUACUCAGCUUUGUAAGAUGCAUUUCUUAAGUUUUCACAAAUUUUACUCCAUAUACUACCUUACAGCUGGUGAUGGCCACAUUUUCCCAGCAUUUAUCAAAACUGGUUCUAGAAUUAAGCUUGUUUUGAUAUAUUCCACAGAGCUGGUAUUUCUAUUCACACUGUGUAUACAGAUCUUACAGCAAAAAAGCUACCUCAGUUAAAAUUUUCUGGAUUGACCGCCUAAAUUCCCACAACCAACUAGAGCAAUUAUAUCCAAAUACAACAUGUUUUUAAUUAAAGGCAUAUGCAAUAUUUCUUUCAAAUUGCCAAACAAUGCUUUAAAUAUUGUAAUUAUAUUUAUUUUUCAAAGCCAAAAGAAUAUACACAGACCAUGUACCUCGAAUAUCUUCAUGUGCAUAUUUUCUUGUUGAGAUAUAUUCUUCAUAAAACCAUUGUGAUAAAUUUUGAGUUUAUCUUGCCACUGGGAAUUGAGAAAUAAAUGUUUACCAAAUUGUG